AGGCAAAGCGUUUUCCCUGUGACGAAAUCUUUUUUUUUGUCUUAUUCCGUUUGUGUGCUUUCCCUAGGGUUCGCCAUUGUAACUCUUUCCAAUGUCUCGUAAUUACAAUGCGGUUCCUCAAGACGAGGAAACUGCUCAACAUGCCGAGAACGGUGCCCAGAGCGCGUCUUGGACUCAACGUUUCAAGAAUGCGUGGCAAAGCAAGUUUGGCACCAGCGAAGAAGAGCGUGCUCCACUCAUUGACAGCAAUCGCAUGACUAUUGAGCCUCCCAAACAUAAAACUGUCAAAAUUGUUCUCAGUAUCUUGUUCUUUGUUCUGUUCGCUGUCCUCAUUGGUGGUGUGGUUGCCUUCUGGUUCAGAGGCUAUGGCUCUACUAUAUCACUCAAAGAAGCCAAGCACAUCAUGAUCAAUACACCUUCCAAUGACUCUAUCCGAGACUAUCUGUACAAAUAUACUUCCGAAUCUCACUUGGCUGGUACUGAGUCUGACAAAGCUCAAGCGGAGUGGACUCGAGACAAAUUUAUUGAAUUUGGUAUUUCUGAUUCCAAGAUCGAAACCUACUGGCCACUUCUUAACUACCCCAAGUACCGUCGUGUGGCAAUUGUGUCUGGUCCCGAGAAGUUUAGAUAUGAAGCCAAGCUUCGUGAAGAUAUCGUUGACGAAGAUAAGACAAGCAAAGGUCAGGAAGAUGUACCCACAUUUCAUGGUUAUUCCGCCGCUGGCAACGUGACGGGACCCAUUGUUUAUGUGAACUAUGGUAGACUUCAAGACUUUGAGGCUCUCGCUGCUCUUGGUGUCGACUUCACUGGCACUAUUGCCCUCGUUCGAUAUGGUGGCGUAUUCCGUGGACUUAAGGUGAAGGCUGCUCAAGAUUUUGGCUGUAUCGGCACCUUAAUCUACUCUGAUCCUAUUGAUGAUGGCCCGUUGAACAAAGACGAAACCAAUAACCCUGCUGAAUCUUAUCCUGAUGGCCCAUGGCGAUCCCCGUCCUCUGUGCAACGCGGUUCCGUUCAAUUUUUGUCAUUGCUGGCUGGUGAUCCUUUGACCCCCGGAUAUGCUGCCAAGGAGAAUGUCACUCGUCUUCCUCUUAAUGAAACCAUUAGCAUUCCCAAGAUUCCUUCUUUGCCUAUUUCUUGGGAAGACGCUCUCCCACUUCUUCGUGCUUUGGAUGGCCAUGGCUUUAGAGCCGUUGCUGAAUGGAGAGGCGGAUUGACUGAAGUUGGAUACUAUAUUGGUCCCUCCGAAGUUGAGGUCAACCUUGUUAACGAUGUUGAGAACAAGAUCACUCCUAUUUGGAAUGUUAUUAGCAGAAUUGAGGGUACUGAAGAAAAGGACCGUGCCAUCAUCCUUGGUAACCACCGUGAUGCUUGGGUAUUUGGAGCAGUCGACCCCUCUUCAGGUUCUUCAGCUAUGUUGGAACUUGCUCGCACAUUCGGUGUUUUGCUCAAGAAAGGAUGGCGUCCCCGCCGCACCAUUAUUUUCGCUUCCUGGGAUGCUGAAGAAUAUGGUUUGGUCGGCUCCACUGAAUGGGUAGAAGAUCACGCUGAAUGGUUGAAUAAGGAAGGUGUUGUCUAUAUUAAUGUCGAUACGGCUGUCUCUGGACCUCACUUUGGUGCAGCAGCAUCACCAUCACUAAACCAACUGGUGUAUGAUAUCACUGCUCAAGUUACCGAUCCUCAGACACAAAGAUCUAUUUAUGAUGUUUGGAAAACCGGUCCUUUCGUCGGUGGUGAAGAUAUGGCCAUGGCUACAUCUAAAAAGCCCAAGAUUGGUGUUUUGGGCUCUGGUUCUGAUUUCGUUGGUUUCUUGGAUUACCUUGGUAUCAGCAGUGUCAACCUUGCAUUUGGAGGCGAUUAUGGUGUCUACCAUAGCAACUAUGAUAGCUUCCAUUGGAUGGAAAAGUUUGGUGACCCUGACUUCAACUAUCAUCGUGCUCUUGUUCAAAUUUGGGGUCUCAUGGCUCUUCAUCUUUCAAGCGAUAUUGUCCUGCCAUUUAACACCGUUGAUUACGCCAUCGAAAUUCAAGGCUAUGUUAAGGAUCUCAACAAGUACGGAUUCCCUCUUUCUUUCACUAAACUCGAGUCAGCAGCAUCAGUUCUUCGUCAAAUUGCUGAGGACUUUGAAGGCAGUGUUACCGAAUUGCGCCAGCGUGUUCAUGAUAAGAUUAAAUCCAAGGGAGCUUUGUCAGACAAACUUGAGAAGCGUGUCAAGAAGAUCAAUGACCGUCUUGCCAAGUUUGAGCGUGGUCUCCUAGAUCCCCAAGGUAUCAAGGGUCGCACAUGGUUUAAGCAUACCGUAUAUGCUCCCGGACUCUGGACUGGCUAUAGUGGACAAACCUUCCCGUCACUAGCAGAGGCCAUUGACGCAGCUGAUCCUUCCUUGAUUACGGAAACCGAGACUAGAGCUGCUAAAUAUGUUAACGAGGCCGGUAGAUGGCUAGAAGGCACCUAUGAUGAGAAGCGCGAUUGAAUAAAUUUCGCUAUGUUCUAUUUCGUAUUCAUGUAAAUUUGCCGAAUAUAAUUUGACUUUGAUCAAACCACUGUUUGAGUUGUAAACUGCAGUUCUAUUUGUCUACUCAUGUGGCGAGCCGAUGCAUCCCUCCCCAUAAGGCUAUCCGUCAUUCUCUUGGCUAUAACGAUGGUUAUUACUACUACCAUACAUCACUUUAUGUGAUAUGUUCCUUAUCUAAAUUCUCA